AUUUCGUUGAACCAAAUGACAUUAUCACGUUAUACUAAAUUACUCGAAGACUUUAUACUGUUUACAUUUUGCGACUUACAUGUACUAUGUGACUAAUAAUUCGCGAUAACAGAGCUCUAACGGUUCAUAUUCAAAAUAUUCCAAUAAGCUUCGAUAUUUAUUUUUCGGAGAUAAAAUAUUAUCUGAACAAUGAAUUAAUUGUUGAAUGCAUUUGUACGUUGAACACUGUGUGAUGGAGUCGUGGAAAGGAAAAAUUGUGCUUAUCACUGGUGCCGCAAGCGGUAUCGGCGAAGGAGUGGUCCGGCUUAUAUUGGAGCGAGGUGUCAAGCAUGUUGCUAUUUUGGAUGUUGCCGAGGAUUCCGGAAGAGCUCUCGAGAAUGAGCUCAAUACAAAAUACGGUCCCAACUGUGUGAAGUUCUACAAAUGUGACGUAACCGUCGAAGAACUUUUUCUGGAAUUAUUCGAUACUGUCAAAAACGAACAAGGCUAUCUUGAUGUGGUCAUCAACAAUGCCGCGAUCAUGAACGACAGCUAUAAAUCUUACAAAAAACAAAUCGAUAUAAAUGUGACUGCUUUAGUUACUGGUACACUGAAAGCUAUAGAGAUUAUGGGAAAGCAGAAUGGCGGUAAAGGAGGUACUGUUCUAAAUAUAUCUUCAGUGGCAGCGUUAUGUCAAUCUCAUCUGUUCCCGAUUUAUUUCGGGACCAAGAGUGCGGUGCUGCAGUUCAGCAACUGUAUUGGGUUAGAAGAACAUUACGCUAAAAGCGGCGUCCGAGUACUGAGUAUUUGCUUUGGCGCGACUGAUACUCCACUAUUGAACGGAACUAAACUAGGCAGCUUUGAUGAAGAAAUAGACGGCACUUGUGUUGAGGCCAUCCAAAAGAAUUAUCCUAUUCAAAAGAUGGAAUCUGCAGCCAAAGGUCUGGUCGAGGCCUAUGAGCAUGCUAAAAGUGGCGACACUUGGAUCAUCACAACAAACAAACCGGCAAAGAACAUCACUGAUACAGUUAAAAAGUCUUAUGAACUUUUAUCGUAUCACGUUUUCAAUUGAAUGUUUUUUUUCUCCUACCUACGCUGAAAGUUCGGUUUUCGUCCCGCUAUACAGGGAAGAAAGUUUAACUUAUUCUCCUUGGGUACUGACAAAUGCGCAUGCGCGUUAGUCUCUACGUCUGCUCUCACGCACCUAAAAUUCUCCGCCAUUUUUGCGCUCGGGUAAUUUGCAAUAUUAUGUUUAGUGUAAAAGUGAAAUAAACAAAAGGCACGCCCCCCUUGCCCCCCGACAGGGCAUCGCCCCUGGACCCCGGCUCGGUACUCCACGGGUGCUAAGUUUUUUACAAUGUCGAACUUUCGGCCUGGUAGGAGAAAAAAUAGUACGUGGACCGCGGGAAAAAAGUAGGACAUCUCAUCCCGCGUGUUUGCCAAUACACAAUGUACUAUUAAAGAAGAAAUAAAGUAAUAAUUAAUAA